AGGGCACUUUGCCAGAGUUCGUAAAUCAGCUGUAGCAGUGGUCAGGGAAGUAGUUGUUCCUGAGUUUACAGUUUUAUGUGUUGAUGAUCACAAACUGAUGACUGCAGCAUGUGAUAAGAUUACAUGCAAAAUGAACAUUGAAACACCACAGGGAAACUCUCAGGUUCUGGAGUUAAUUGUGGAUACAGGAGCUUCAGUAUCUAUCCUCCCAGAAGCCAUCUACAAAGAACAUUUUGCACCCUGUGCAUUGACUGAACCGAAAGUUAAGCUUGUCACUUAUGCAAAAGGUGACUUGCCUGUCAUUGGCUGCCUACAGGCUUCAGUGAGGGUUGCAAACAAUGACAGAAAAGUGCCAGGAUCAUUCUUCAUAGUUAAAGAUGGAUCACCGUUGCUGGGGUUGGACUUAAUUAAAGCACUUAACAUUGAUAUCAUUGCUGGAAAAGUCAUCAACAAAGGAGAGGAUCCUGCAAGAGGAGAACCAGCCAGUAAACAAACAUGCAUGGUGAAUAACAUUGAUUCCUCUUCUUCCCAUCAUCUCGGAGCUGUUAAAGGGUUUAUCCACAAAGUUCAAGUGAACAAGACAGUACAGCCGGUUCGUCAAAAACUGCGGCGUCUACCACUCAGCAUACGUGAGGAGGUGUCAGCUGAAUUGAAACGUCUACUCCAAGCAGGCAUCAUCGAACCAGUGGAUGCAGCUGAAUGGGUGAGUCCUCUGGUGGUUGGAAGAAAAAGUAAGGGAGACUUAAGACUUUGUGUGGAUCUGCGUGAACCUAACAAGAGUGUGAUCAUGGACUGUUACCCUCUUCCUCACAUGGAGGAUUUGUUCGCACAGCUGGCUGGGGCUACACAUUUUAGCCAGAUUGAUUUAAGUUCAGCUUAUCACCAACUGCCUCUUCACCCUGAUAGCCGAAGCCUCACAGCAUUCAUAACCCAUGAGGGACUCUUCCGGUUUACCCGAGUUCCAUUUGGACUUGCUUCAGCCCCUUCUGCCUUCCAAAAGAUGAUGCAAACAGUCCUAAAAGACCAGACAGGAGUACAGAACUACUUGGAUGACAUAAUAGUGUAUGGACAUUCCAGAGAAGAGCAUGAUGAACGGUUACAGGCUGUCCUCCAACGCCUGAAGGAUGUCGGUCUGCAGAUCAACUUCAACAAAAGUUCAUUUGGACAGACAUCUAUUCCGUUCUUGGGACAUGUCAUUUCCAAGGAUGGCCUGAGUCCCAGCCCAGACCACCUGACUGCCAUUGCCAAAGCCCCUGCACCAAAGGACAUGGCUGCUCUUCGUUCCUUCUUAGGCUUGACUUCGUGGUUCAGCAAAUUCCUAGCAAACUAUGCAACUGUGGUUGAACCACUCCGUGAGUUACUUCGGACAAGUCAGACGGCUGAACUUCAAUGGACUGAUACAGCAAAUGAAAGCUUCAACAAACUGAAGGAAAUGCUACUAAAAAGCCCAGCACUGGCAAUCUUCAACCCAAAUCUGCCAACGUUCAUCACCACUGAUGCGUCAGAUUAUGGUCUUGGAGCUGUUCUGACCCAGAUCAACUCAAACAAUGAGGAACGUGCUGUUGCUUUUGGUUCCCGCACCCUGUCCCCAGCCGAGAGGAAAUAUUCAACAAUUGAAAAAGAAGCCCUCGCCUGCGUAUGGGCCGUUGAAAGAUGGAGGACGUACAUAUGGGGACGCAGAUUUACUCUGAGAACUGAUCACCAGGCCCUCACCACCCUGUUAAGUACUAAGGGGAUGAACAGAGCUGGCAUGAGGAUAGCACGUUGGUCAGCCAGACUGAUGUGUUUCCAGUAUGACUUAGAGUACCGUCCAGGAAGCCAAAAUGUUAUAGCUGACUGUAUGUCCCGUGUUCCCCUGCAUACCACAAACACAAGUGAAGACUCUGAACAGGACUUAAUCACAGAGAUUGCUGAAAUUUCUCCUCAGCUAACAGCGCUUCCACUGGCUGACUUCAGAGCAGAAUGUGAAGACUGUCCUGAAUUAACAAAACUAAGACAGAUCGUUCUUUCGGGCUGGCCGAAAGUACGAAAAUCCUUACCAGAUGAUGUCAAACCCUACUUCCUGGUCCGACAUGAACUGGCAGCAGAGUCACCGCUGAUAUUUAGAGGAACACGGCUGAUUGUUCCCAAAUCUCUGCGAGGAAAGGUAGUGCACCUGGCCCAUGAAGGACAUCAAGGCAUGGUCCGAACCAAACAACGCCUGAGAGAUCUAUAUUGGUGGCCAAACAUGGAUGAACUGGUCCACGAAAUAUUGUCCACAUGCACAACCUGCCAAUCAUGUGACAAGACUGCAGCUGUUUCACCUGCACCGUUACAACCCAUCAAAUUCCCAGAGGGUCCGUUUCAACAUGUUGCUGUCGACAUUGUUGGUCCGUUUGAACAAGGAACCUAUGACUGCAGGUUUGCCAUCACACUAGUUGACUAUUUCAGUAAGUGGCCUGAAGUCGCAUUCACACCAAACGCCUCAACUGCGACAGUGAUUGCAUUCCUGACUUCCAUUUUCGCCCGUGAAGGAAACCCUUAUGAAAUUACAACUGAUAAUGGUCCGCAGUUCACCUCAGCUGCCUUUGCUGAGUUUCUCGCUGAAAGGGGCAUAAAACACAUCAGGACAAGCGUCUAUCAUCCUCAAGCAAAUGGAUGUGUGGAGCGCUUUAAUAGAGUACUGAAGGACUCCAUACAGACAGCACAAGCUACUCAGCGACCAUGGAAAACUGUGGUUACAGAACUGCUUCAAAAUUAUCGAGCGACUCCCCACGCUACAACCGGUGAGUCCCCUUUCCAGCUCCUCAGAGGAAGAGCCAUGCGGACUAAACUCAACAUUCUGCCACCACCAAAGGAUGCUGGACAAUAUGACCACAUCAGAUCCAAAGUGACAUUGACACAGAAAAGAAGUGCACUUUAUACAGACAGAAAGAGAGGUGCUAAACCUACUAAAGUGACUGUGGGUGCUUCAGUGAGAGUACGAAAGCCAUUCCAUGUGGGAAAAGGAGAGCCACAAUACACCAAGCCGCGGGAGGUACAGCAGCAGACGGGUGAGAGUUCUUUCAUCCUCAGCGAUGGGAGAAGAUGGAAUGCAGC